AUGCUGCACGCGCUCGACUCCAAGUCAGCACCACCACCACAAGCAUGGGUUGAGUCGCCAUACUUGCGGUCGCUCAUUGCCGGUGGCAUGGCAGGCACGACAGUAGACCUCUCUCUUUACCCUCUUGAUACGCUUAAAACCCGUCUCCAAUCUGCAUCCGGUUUCGCCGCAGCCGGCGGCUUCAAUGGCAUAUACCGCGGCGUAGGCAGCGCAAUCGUCGGUUCCGCUCCCGGUGCCGCCCUCUUCUUCAUAACAUACGACACGAUAAAACGAUCAUUCUCCCAAAAUGUACCGGCUACGAUCAAGUACAAUGCGGAGGGAAAACCGUAUAAAGAGGACGUAAGGGAUGGCGGGACAGAGGCUCUGGUACACAUGCUAGCAGCUAGUGCGGGAGAGGUCGCGGCGUGUGCUCGCGGGUGGUCGAUAACGAUCAUCCGUGAGGUGCCUUUCACGGUCAUCCAAUUCCCGCUCUGGGAGGCGUUGAAGAAGUGGCGCAUGGCGAGGACAGGGAAGACGGAGGUUAGUGGAUGGGAAGGAGGACUGUUGGGUAGUGUGGCGGGCGCUGUGGCUGCGGGUGUUACGACGCCGUUGGAUGUGUUGAAAACGAGAAUGAUGCUUGCUAGGGAGAAACAGCCUAUGCUUACUAUGCUGUCAACUAUCAUGAGAGAAUCGGGUCCAAGGGCUUUCUUUGCGGGCCUGGGCCCGCGCGUUGGCUGGAUCAGUGUGGGUGGUGCCAUCUUCCUUGGCUCAUACCAAUGGGCGAGCAAUGCCUUGGGUGGUGUAGGCGAGGACUGA